CUGAGUUUCCUCGACGUGGAGGAAGAAAGACGGUGUCACUGGAUUGUUGCCCUUCCGGUGCUCAUUAGAAUGGAAUGUACUGACCGGCGCAGAAGCAAGUUAAACUGAUUUUGUAUAUUAAACAUGGCAUGUAAUUUCGAGCAAAAUGGAUCGAUCGAGGAGCGGUUUAUGUGGAUUCUUAGAUUCGCAACAAUCAAACAAAUUAAAGACUUUUUGACAGACAAUCCUUCAAUCGAUUUGCAUUACCCGACACCAAAUUUAAAAACGCCUCUAACAUCGACCAUCGAUCGCGGCGAUCCUCAAAUCUUGUCAAUUUUAUUGGAUAAAAUUUCGACGAAUUUAAACAAUGCCGUUACUCAGCCUUGUGGAAGAACGGCUCUCAUGUAUGCAUCUCUCGUUUCGAGGAAACCGGAAAUAUUGGAAGUUCUUUUAAAAAAAGGAGCAGAUCUACAGCAAGUGGAUAUAAGAGGCUGGACUUGCCUUCAGUACGCGAUUGUAGGAGAGCGAUUAAAAAAUGUGCUGUUUCUUCUAGAAAAUGGUGCUUUUAUAAACCAGCAAGAUUACCAAGGACGUACACCGCUCAUGGUGUCAGUAUACCUUUCGAAUUUGAGUAUUCUUUCUCUUUUGUUGGAUCAUGGUGCUGAAAUGAAUGCACGAGACAACAUGAAUUUGACUGCUCUUCAGAUAGCGAUUAUAUGGAAGAAAAGAGACGCUGCGAUCGUUCUAAUCGAAAGAGGAAGCGACACGAGUGUAGUUACGCCUUUGACGAAAGCUUCGAUCGGUGAAUUGUGUAAAACUAGCAUGCCUAAUAUUCUUCGAUGCUUGGAACCAAAGACAACAAAGUUAAGAUUUAACAAAUAACUGUUUAUUAUGACAUUUUUUAGUUUAGAAGAAGAGGUUGUGUACAGAUAA